CGUAGCUCUAGUUGUCGAAAGACAUUAAAAUGCUUACGAUUGUUUUAUAAAAUUAAAAUAUCUCGUAUAUUUAAAAACAUGAAUCGCUUUUUAAAGCAAAGAGUUCUGUUGAAGAAAUCAGUAAAUAAUAUUAGUAAUGCCAAAAAUUUUACUUUCAAACAAACCAAUGUAAGAUGUAUUGCUACUAAGGGAUCGUAUUCUGACAAUUUGUUCCCGGAGAGAGCGGAUUUCGCAGGGAGACAUAUUGGGCCUCGUGAUCAAGAUGUCGUUACUAUGCUGGAUUUAUUAGGAUACAAGAGCUUAGACCAACUAACAAAUGAUGCUGUCCCGAAAAAAAUUCAACUACAAGGACUAAUGGAUAUCAGUGAACCAAUGAGCGAAUAUGAUCUUAUAGAGCGAGUACGCAAAAUAGCUGAAAGCAAUCAAAUAUGGAGAUCUUACAUUGGCAUGGGAUACCAUAAUUGUUGCGUACCACAUACCAUCAUGCGGAAUUUGUUUGAAAAUCCUGGGUGGACGACGCAGUAUACCCCUUAUCAACCAGAAGUGGCUCAAGGGCGAUUGGAAAGCCUGCUUAAUUACCAAACGAUGGUCAGUGAUUUGACAGGAUUAGAUGUAGCCAAUGCUUCUCUAUUAGAUGAAGGCACAGCUGCUGCAGAGGCUUUAUCAUUGUGCCAUAGGCAUAACAAAAGAACAAAGUUUGUUGUAUCAGAACGUCUUCAUCCACAAACAUUGGCAGUCGUCCAAACUCGUCUCGAUGCUCUUGGUUUAGAAGUGAUGGUAGUACCAGACGUACGUCAAGUUGACUUUGCUCAAAGGGAUAUAUCCGCUGUACUCCUUCAAUGUCCUGACACUAGAGGUUUAGUAUACGAUUACUCUGCGUUAGCAGCUGGCGCGCAAGAGCAUGGUACUUUGGUAGUUGUAGCGACGGAUCUAUUAGCACUAGCAUUAUUAAGACCACCAGCAGAGAGUGGUGCGGCCCUUGCAGUUGGAACCUCUCAACGCUUAGGGGUACCACUAGGAUAUGGAGGACCACACGCAGGAUUUUUCGCUGCAGAACAUCCUCUUGUGCGUUUGAUGCCUGGACGUAUGGUUGGAGUCACUAGGGAUAUAACUGGAAGAGACGCUUAUAGAUUAGCACUUCAAACAAGAGAACAACAUAUUCGGCGUGAUAAAGCCACUUCCAACAUUUGUACUGCACAAGCUCUUUUAGCAAAUAUGUCAGCCAUGUAUGCAGUAUAUCAUGGACCUCAAGGUCUAAGAGAUAUUGCUACUCGAGUGCAUAAUUCCACACUCGUGCUGGAUCAUGGAAUAAGACAACGUGGUCAUAAACAAAGUAACGACGUAUUUUUCGAUACCUUACAUAUUAUUCCACUGCCUGAGCAUAACGCUAGUGAUAUAAAAGCUCGAGCACAAGAGAGGAAAAUAAAUUUGAGGUACUUUGACGAUGGAGCUAUUGGUGUAGCGUUAGAUGAAACAACAACCAAGGAAGAUGUCGAUGAUUUGCUGUGGAUAUUUGAUUGUAAAAAUGUUGAGGAGGUAAUGAAAAGCGAUGAAGUUACAACGCGAAGUAUAGUUAAAGGACCCUUUAGGAGGACGUCACCGUAUCUCACGCAUCCAGUUUUCAACAUGCACCAUUCUGAAACUAGAAUAGUUAGAUAUAUGAAACGUCUCGAAAACAAAGAUGUAUCUUUGGUACACUCAAUGAUACCUUUGGGUUCAUGUACCAUGAAAUUGAACUCUACGACUGAAAUGAUGCCGUGUUCCUUUAAACACUUUACUGAUAUCCAUCCAUUUGCGCCACUUGAACAAUGUCAAGGAUACCAUACGCUUUUUGAAGAGCUUGCAAGUGAUUUGUGCGCUAUUACUGGAUAUGACCGAGUUUCAUUUCAACCAAAUAGCGGAGCUCAGGGAGAAUAUGCAGGAUUAAGAACAAUCAAACGUUAUCAUGAGUUUCGGGGUGACACUGGGCGUAAUAUAUGUCUUAUUCCUGUGAGUGCACACGGAACGAACCCUGCAUCUGCGCAUAUGGCUGGAAUGCGUGUCUGUGCGAUACGAGUUACGCCAUCUGGCGAUAUCGAUAUGGAGCAUCUUAAAGAUAUGGUAGAAGAGCAUAGUGCAAAGUUAUCUUGCCUUAUGCUUACAUAUCCUAGUACAUUCGGAGUGUUUGAAGAGAGAGCCGCAGACGUGUGCGCGUUAGUGCAUGCACAUGGUGGCCAAGUAUAUUUAGAUGGCGCCAAUAUGAAUGCACAGGUGGGAUUGUGUCGCCCUGGUGAUUAUGGAAGUGACGUAUCACAUUUGAAUUUACAUAAGACCUUCUGUAUACCUCAUGGCGGUGGUGGUCCUGGAAUGGGACCUAUUGGAGUGAAGGCACACUUGGCACCAUUCCUUCCAUCACAUCCAGUGGUUGAUCCCUUAGCAGAUCUGGGAGAUGCCGCACACAGCUUCGGUUCUGUCAGUGCCGCCCCAUUUGGAUCAUCUGCUAUUCUGCCCAUAUCCUGGGCAUAUAUAAAGAUGAUGGGACCAAAAGGUCUGAAACGAGCCACGCAAGUGGCAAUACUCAACGCAAACUACAUGUCUAGGCGUUUGGAGGGUCACUACAAAACACUAUACAAAGGGGAGAGAGGACUUGUAGCACACGAAUUCAUUAUAGACGUGCGAGAUCUUAAGAAAACUGCCAACAUAGAACCUGGGGAUAUUGCUAAACGACUAAUGGAUUUCGGUUUUCAUGCACCCACAAUGUCAUGGCCUGUAGCUGGAACGUUGAUGAUCGAACCAACAGAAUCAGAAGACUUACAGGAGCUAGACAGAUUCUGUGAAGCUCUAAUUACUAUCAGAAAGGAAAUAAAGGACAUCGAAGAUGGACUAAUAGACAAGCGGUUGAAUCCGCUUAAGAUGGCGCCACAUACUCAAGCCGAGGUGAUAUCAGAAGACUGGAACCGUCCUUACAGUCGCGAACAGGCGGCAUUUCCAGCUCCAUUUGUAAAGGGAGAAACGAAGAUUUGGCCGACGGUUGGAAGAAUCGAUGAUAUGUACGGCGAUAAACAUCUCGUGUGCACUUGCCCUCCUGUUCUCGAUGACUUUUGAUGAAACCUUAUUUAGUUUAAAAAAUAAAACAAUUGUUCAGGAGUCGCAUAAUGUAUGUAUAUUUUAUCAAUAUUGUCGUAUAAUAAAUAUUGUUUUCUAACAACCCAAUCUUUUUUAUUCUUUAUAGACUUUAUAUCCUAUAGUGACAAACAAUUUACAUAUUUCGCCGUCGGCAAUUUGUAUCGACUUCAAACAAGUAGACUAUCUAUUCUUAUUAAUUAUUAUAAAUAUUUAAUAUUGCGAAUGAUUAACAUUAACAGUUUUAAUUGGAUUCAAGGCAACAUGUCAUUUUGUCUCUAGCUCGAAAUACUUACAUUUGAAAUAUGAAAAGCUUUCAAACAAUCGUCAAAAAAAGCAAUUUUCUAAUGCAGGUAUUUAAAUAUAAUGAUAAUUAUUUAUCUAAUAAUAAUAUUAAUGAUAAAAUUCAUAAAAAUGUCGAAGUAGAAAAAGUAAUUAAACAACAUCACUUCCGAAACGAAGCAUAAAAUCAAUAUAAAAAUUAACUUUUCACAUAAUGUAAUUCUAUCAGAUAAAUAGUUGCAACUUAACAUAGACUUUAAAUUUAUUUCGGAGGAGAGCUAAUAACGUCUUUUGGAUACAUACCUAACCUAAUUCCGAGUUCUUUCGGCAUCCGCAUAACCGGUCUUGUAGGAAAAGGGUGGUAGGAGCCUGAUGAAGGACUACGAGGAUAAGAUAAUGAAGAAAGAGUAUCAGUUUCUAUGAGAGAAGUAAUAGCACUACAAGUAUCAUCAGAAUCUACUAUUGUCUUAUCACCUUUUUCUGAUGAUAAUUCUCUAUGAAAUAUGGAAGUCUCUUUCGGAAAUAUUUUUGGAGAAAUAGGCGUAGAUACUUGAUCGAGGGACGCUAUCUGACACAACGUAUCACUAGAAUUACUUUUUAUACCUGUCGGUGAGUCAUCUUCUGCAGAAGGUUCAUAAGUAAAACUAAUAGAGGACGUCACUACAUGAGCGAAGUCACUAACUUGGCUGUUUUCAGUCUUUGAGUUUUUUUCACAAGCCUUCGGUCCUUGAUCGACAGUUUUACUACAUAUAUCACUUGCUUUAGAUAAUAUAAAAUCAUUGUACUUGCUUGAGAAUGAAUAGCCAUAGUCUUCUGAAUUGUACUGAGUUUCAUAAGUCGUAGUAUCCUUUGGUUCAGUUGAAGGUAAAGUAACCGAAGCUUUUGUUUCUGAUAACGAGUGUGUUGUCCAUUCAGAUGAAGUUGUAGGUCUUAAAACAUCAUUUUUUGAGGCUUUAUCUAAUUCUGGUAACUGAACUAUUUUCCUUUUAUAAGAGAAAUCGUAGCUACUAUUUUCUUUGUCUAAAAUACUUUUAUAUUCAUAUUUUGCUAGAAAUCCUUUAUUUUCCCAACCAUAUAAAUCAGUUUUAUUACCUAGACAUUCAUUACUUGGAGAUUUAGAACUUUUUAAAGAAAUUUCUUCCCUUGGAAUUGCAUUCGGUAAUUCUAAUGAAAGAGGAUCGUCGAUUGAAAUAGGCCUAACUUUGACAAAGUCACAUUUUUCUACGGAUUCUUUAUCCACAUUUCUUUUUAUAUAACCUAUUAGUGAAUCUGAUGUUGACUCCUUAAGUACAGGUGAUUCAAUUUGUGUGCCUCUUACUGAAUUUUCAGAAAUAUUACUAUAUGUUAUAUUAUUAUCGUAAACAGUUUUAUCAAAAGAAUCUUCCGAUUGACAUACUUGAAUUUGAUUAGUGUCCGUAAUAUGUUGUUUCGUUAAAAUUCUACUUAAUAUUUUAGAGUUUUCUUGGAUGAUUUGCAAGGCUCGUUCACUGUUUUUACGUCCUGUUAAAAGAAUAUAAUCUUUUGGUGACACGCUUCCCAUUUGCGUUGGUGAUUUUAUUUGCGAAUCGAUUCUCUGUAAUAAUGAAUCAUUUUCAUUUUUUGGACUUUCUGCUUUAACAAAUUCCUUAUUUUUAUCUGGUGUUUUAUUUUCUAAAUCGGGGCUUGAUGACUUUUUACUUACAAAACUAUGACUUUGUGGCAAUGAUGAAGCUCGUUCCAUUUCAUUUAUUGAAAUUAUGUCAUUAUGGUUACUGUGAAGUGUUAACGAAUCAGGUUUUUUGGGCAGCCUUGAAUUUCUUUUGACAGCUCGUCUGUUAGGUAUCUCAGAAUUAUUGGGAUCGGUUACACGAGCACCAAAAAACUCAGGGCUGUGCUCAAAAUAUUUAUCUAUUUUUAAUGGUAUUGGUGGUUCAUCUUCACUUACAAUUAUACUUUCAGCUCCCGGACUUCUAACUGGACUUUCUAUAUCCGAUACAUUUUUUUCAGACAAAUCUAUGUCGGGUACAAAAUUAGGGUACAUAGCAAAACUGUCUAUUAUAUCAGGCGGUCUGUCUAAAAUUCUGGAAUGAGAAGUAGACUUGAAAUUUGUUUCAUAAUCAUAAUUAUACGGGGAACCAACGUCUAUGUUAUAUUUAUUAUCAGAAGAUAAAUCUAAAGGACUCAAAUCUGUAAAAGUUUUAGGAGGCUUAGAGAAGUUUUUAGGCCCUAAAGUGUCAUCAUAAUUUGCCUUUUCUUCAUAUUUCUUAUUGCUCAACCUUUGCAAAAUAUCUUUCUUAUCCGUAGUUAUAUGAGGUGAAAAGGGUGAUAUACUUUUUAAAUGGCUAACAGGUGUAAAAUGAUCAGAAACUUCAGAUACUAUAAAAUUAUCCUUAAGCUUGGUUUCAAAACCAUCAAUAUAAGUUCGCAAUGGCUCGCCUGCAUCUGAAUCUAGAUAAUCUGUAAUAUUUUUUACUCCGGUUUCAUCAAAUGUUUUAUCGAUUUCUGUUAAAUGUUUUGUAAUUGUUUCUUUGAUAAGAGGAGAAUGAAUCUGUUUAAUAUCUUUUAAAAUUGGUGCCUGAGAACUAUUGUCUUUAGACGCCUGUAUUUGUUUGUCUUUAUCAUCAUCAGGUAUAUCAGGUUCAGAGUCACUAGCUUUUUCAUUUUCAUCACACAAACUAGUAUCUGUACUUGAUGCUGUAUGUGACGAAUAUGAAGAAGUUUCACUGGAACUACGUGAUCUAAGUGUAGCAAUCAUUUGACUAGCUUCAAGUUCAGAAACGAUUUCUCCAUCACCAGCUUCAUCCAGAUCUAUAGACGCUUUUCUUAUUUUCUCGGCAGUUUUUGCUUUUUUUAUAUCUUUCCAUUUUACAGAAUUUCUCCUACUGAAUGUCUUUCUAUUUUUUUCCUCGUUCCAGCUAAUCGUAUCAGUAGAUUGCCCACUUGUUUGUUUUUCUACGGUUUCACGUGGACUAGAUGCUUGUCUGGAUGGUGGAACUGCCCCAGGAGGUGGUCCAAGUCGUCUACCUCGCGAACUUACUAUGGCACUUUUCCCCAACAGAAGAUUGUUAACUGUGAGUGAAGUCGGUGAUGUAGGAACUCCAACUGCAACAGUAAAAUGAAAAUUAUCUAAAUACUUAAUAAAAUAUUUUUUAACACCUUUGCUCGUAUAGCUGAUGUAAUUACAUUCACAGAUUGAGUUUAUUUAAAAAAAAAACCGUUUAUUCGCUAAUUGAAAAACUUGGCUGCAUGCUCUAACGUCUUCGCCAACAUUUUCACG